AUGACAGCUGAUUUAUUAAAAUUGUGCGAUCCAACUGCUUAUUAUAAUCAGUUCCUAUCGGAAGCAAUUUAUCCAGAUGGUCGGUCAAUUAAUUCUUUUCGGCCGAUACUACUACGGAUGGGUGUUAACGAAAGAUCGGCAGGUUCUAGUUUUGCUCGACAAGGUGGCGCAACUGUCACAUGCAAUAUUGAGGCAUUAUUAGCACCUGUUUCGGAUGCUUCAAUUAUUGUGCCUGUUAUACAGGCUGCUCCAAAUAUACCAAAAAAUUUGGUCGAGGAUGCAAUGGUUAUGGUCAAUCAGCUUGUGGUACAAAACGCUUUUUGUACAAAAGAUGCAUUGAAAACGGCUGGUGGACGGCUAACAUGGCUCCUCAAUUUACAUAUUAUGAUUUUAAAUGUUGAUGGGGCUAUAUGUGAUGCUCUUUGUACAUGUAUAGCUGGAGCACUGGUUGAUCUGCGGCUUCCUGAUGCUUUUACUGAUUAUGAAGAGGAUAUCCCUAUCGAUAUCAAUAAAGUUAAACUCAGUGAGACAUUUCAUCACAUCAAAGUUGCAGAUAUUCCUGUUUCAUCGACAUUUAUUGUUUAUAAACCACCAAAUGAAGAGGUAAAAAUUCUUUGUGACCCAGUAUCAGAAUUGUUUCAAAUAGCUCCGAAUACAGUGAUGAUAGUUGUUGGAAAUAAUUCUCGAAUCCAUCGGAUUAAUCAAUCAGGCAUAUGCGGUGAUGAAAUCACCAUGCAGCAUAUGGUUGAGAUGGCUAUUAGACGGCAGAAAGUAGUAGCUGAAUCGAUGCUCAAAGCUAAAGAAGCUCAUUUAAUGAAAGGAAGAGAAUAG